CUGCGUGCCCGUGGUCCGUGCCUGCGCGCUGCUGCUGCGGGGCUACGCACGGAACAGCGCCCGCACCAACCACUGCGCCGCCCGGCUGCUGCACCGCCUGUCCCGGCAGCUGCGCAUGGAGGCACUGCUCUUCCAGCUCUCCCUCUUCACCCUCUUCCAACGCCUCCUCAGCGACCCCAGCGCCCACCAGGAGCUGGUGGCCUUGGCCAAGUUCAUCCUGGGCAAGUUCUUCGCGCUGGCGGCCACCAACAAGAAGGCGUUCGUGGAGCUGCUCUUCUGGAAGAACGCUACGACCGUGCGCGAGAUGAGCGAAGGCUACAGCUCCCUGCGGGAUGGGGAGGCGGCUGGAGCGCGCCGGACCCCCGCCUGGAGCCCCCAGGAGGAGCAGGCGCUGCGGGAGCUGUUCUGGAAGUAUAAGGAGGUGGAAGGUCAGGACGUCAUCGCCUCCAUCCUGGCGGAGGUGCCGGGGCGCACGCGGAGGCAAGUGGUGCAGCAGCUGGUGCGCAUGGGGCUGGCGGGCAGCGCCAGGGACUUCCCGCGGCCAAGGAAGGGCACCAACAUCGUGCUGUGGACAGAGGAGCAGGAGCUGGAGCUGGAGCGGCUCUUUGAGGAGUUCAGGGGAUCGGAUGACAUCCUGGGGAAUAUCAUGAAGAACCUGACGGCGCGGCGCUCACGGGCACGCGUGGUGGAGAAGCUGCUGGCGCUGGGGCUGGUGGCGGAGCGCAGGGAGCUGCACAAGAAGCGCCGGGGGAAGGGCUGCGGCCCCCACAUGGGUGAGGCGGAUGCUGCAGCAGUUCCAGCCCAGAACAGCUCUGCUGAGGACAGCGAGGAAGAGGAGGAGGAGGAGGAGGAAGAGGAGGAAGAUGAAGCAGAGGAUGACCCCAUGGAGGAGCCCUGGGACCCCAACGAGGGGACGGGGCUGGCCCUGGUGCAGCGCCUGCAGCAGGAAGGGCUGGAUGGGCCCCUGCGGUGGCUGCAGAACUGCCUGAGGAGGACAGCGCGGGACCGAGAGACAGAAGGGAUGUCCUUCCCGGUGCCGCUGGUGCCUCUCUCGGAGGAGAAUGAAGAUGCCAUGGAGAACCGUGGCUUCCGCGCGCUGCUGCGGGAGGUGGGGCUGCGGCCCCCCGCCAACGAGCAGGAGUCCUUCUGGCGCAUCCCUGCCGCCCUCACCCCACAGCAGCUGCGCCGUGCGGCCGCCUCCAUUGCCCUCCCUAGCCCUGAGGGCCCCCCCCAGGAGCUGCCCCCCCAGGAGCUGUCGGCAGCACCACAGGGCCCCGCUGGAGCGAAGCCGCUGCCGUCCCCGCUGGGCUCAGACUCAGAGAGUGAGGAGCCCCUCUCCAUCCCUGCACCAUCGGGCAGCAAACGGCGGCGGCAGCUCGACAGCGAGGAGGAGGAGGAGGACGGUGACAUGGAGGCAGAGCUGCCCCCCCCGGACCCCCUCUCAGAGGAGGACGAGGACCCCCACCCCGCGGGCAGGAGGAAACGCGCCCGCCGCCUUCUGGAGGAGGAGGAGGAGGAGGAGGAGGAGGAAGAUUGAGGCCCCCCCCGGGGCGGCUCUGGGCAGCACUCCCUGCCAUGCCCCUACUCCGUUUUGGGGGCUUUUUCUCCAGGUUUCUCAAUUUUGGGGGCAUUUUCUGUGGGUUUUGAAGCUCUUCCGAAGGGCGCGGCGCUUUUCCUUCCCCCGUCUCCCCGUUUUACCUUUUCGCCGGGGUUUGGGUUUGUUUAUUUCUGACACUGUUUUACAAUCGGCCACGGCACCCAAUAAAUCAAUAC